AUGGAGAAAAUCAAAUCUGCACUUCCGAAGCUUGAGGCUCUCUACAAUUCGAGGGGCGACGGCUGCUACUACAAGCUUCAGCAGAGCAACGAAAGAGGGGCCUUCUUGGUAGCAACAAGGGAAAUUCAGACCGGGGAGGUGAUAUUGAUAGAGCGCCCUCUGGGGAAACAGCCGUCAGAGCCAACACCUGCCUUGCUCCAGCAGCGCGAAGUUGCUCCCCUAUUGGAAACAAUGCAGCGCUGCGCAAGAACCCAUGGGCAUUUGACGGGAACCAGUAGAUAUCCACCAGAGGUGCGACACGCCCUCGACAGGCUGACCGAAUUGCAAACCAAGGAAUUUGUCUUGAAAUCACCUGACCUUGGUGCCAUUUGGAAGCUGGCAGAUUCCCACCGUUGUGCUGAAAAAGGGGAUCGAGUUAUGAUUGACGGACUCAAGUCGGAUGCUGGCCAGAAAUUGAAUGGAUUGGAGGGGCAAGUGGUUGGGAUUGACGAAAAAGACAAACACCGCCUGGCAGUGGAAUUGUCCACUAAUAAUAGCAAAGGCACAAAAUCCAACAAAAAAUCUAUCAAAAGGGAGAAUCUCAAGACGUUGGGUGGGAUCUUGAGGACAAACGCAUUUGUUGACAACCAUGAAACUACAAUGCUGAUUUUCAAAGACCUUUCGAGGAUCAAUCACGCCUGUGGGGACGCUGCCAAUGUGAUCAAGAUUUGUGAUGAGAAGGAUAGAGCUUUUGUGUUGGCGCGAUGCGACAUUGCUUCUGGACAAGAACUGCUUAUUGAUUACAUUCCUGGUGAAAAGGAAGAAGACCGAUUGGAUUAUCUCCAAAUGAAGUACAACUUUAGGUGCCAAUGCAAAAUGCAUACAUACAUGUAG